AUGGCUGCCACUGCUGUCGUGGUUGUCAUCGCUAUAGGUCUGUCAACACUGUUGUAUUUCAGCAGAAAGAAUGGCAGCAAAAAGACCAAACACCUGAAACUCCCUCUUAUCGGCGACCUCCAUAGUUCGCCCAUCGAAAAGCCCCUGGCAAACUGGGACUCCUGGGCCCGACAGAAUGGCCCGAUAACAGUUCCCAGGCUGUUUGGGAUCAUCCCAAUUGUCGUGCUCAACUCGUACGAGGCUGCGACGGAGUUGUUCAGCCGCCGCAGCCAGUGGUACAGCAACCGUCCGGUCUCGGUGAGCAUGGAGAUGAUCACCGGCGCUCCGCCAGGCCAGUCUCGCUUCACGCUGAUGCACGACUACGACGACCAUCUCAAACUGCACCACCGCAUCCUCUCGCCCAGUCUCGGCGCCCUCGCCGCCCCCAAGUACCAGCCCCUGACGGAACUCGAAGCCAAACAGCUACUAGCCGACCUAGUCGACGCCUUGCAGCGAUGUCCAGACGGCACCACCAUCAGCACCGACACCAUCUACCCACUGCUGGAACGCACCCAGUCCAGCGUCAUCCUAGCGCUGCACUACGGCCUGCGCAUCCCGCACGCCGACGAGCGCAUUCUGCACGAGAUCAUCGACAUCCAGGUCCAGGUCACCCACCUCGCCGCCAAUCCCGGCCUACCCGAUCUCAUCCCGCCCCUGCGCCACCUCCCCGCCGUUCUUUCCCCCUGGAAACGCGCAGCGGACCGCCUCUACGCCGCCCAGGUCGACCUCUACAUGCGCCUCUUCCAUUACGGGAGGGACGCCACCAGCUGGAACGCCACGAAGCAGGCCAUCUCCACCGCGGGGAAGUACGCCCCUGCAUCCUCCCAAAUCCCCGACCUCGAUCUCGCCUUCACCCUCGCGACCUCCAUCCAGGGCGGCAUGGAGACCUCCCCGCGCCAGCUGCUCUGGCUCUUCAUUGCCGCACUGCACGAUCCGUCGUUUGUGGCGCGCGCGCAUGCCGUUCUCGACGAGGUCGUCGGCCGUGACCGUCUCCCGCGGUUCUCGGACCGCGCACGCCUAGCCUUCAUCGACGCCGUCGCCCACGAGCUGUUCCGCUGGCGGCCUAUCGCCCCGGGAUCCAUCCCCCGCCGCGCGGACCGGGACGACGAGUUCCAGGGAGUCAAAAUCGCAAAGGGCGUGACUAUCAUGGCGAAUGCGUGGGCCAUCGGCCGAGACGAGCAGGUCUUUGACCCUGCGCUUGGGGACCUGCACGAGUUUGUUCCUGAGAGGUGGUUGCGGGAGGGUGAAGCUGGGGAGGAAAGAUUACGGAGUGACCUUCCAGUGCCGGUGUUUGGGCAGGGUCGGCGGAUCUGUCAGGGGAGGAGGGUCGCGAUUGAUGGGACGUUCAUGCAGGUUGCUAGUUUGCUCUGGGCGUUUGAUAUUGACCUGGAGGAUGGGGCAGAGCCGGUUGAUCCGUGGGAGAUGGUCGUGGUGGGAUUCAUGACUAUGCCCCGGGAACGGAGGUUCAAGCUCAAGCCUAGAGGGGACUGGGUGUUGGAUGUGAUCAAGAGAGAGUGGGAGACGGCGGAAAAGAGUCUGGACAAGGUCAUGGGGACGAAUGAUGUUGAGUGA